UAUUAGAGUUUGAAUCGGUGUAAAACUAGGCCAAUUUACGAUCGGAAAAUAAAGACUUUUGAAAGGCGUGAAAUCUAAGAAAGGACACUAGGCCAACUCUAAGGGACUAAACAGAUGCAGAUAACAAGAACUUUUGGCGCUGAGUGAAUUUGAAUUAGGAAUAACAAUGUCAAUUGCCAGUCUUUGCCAGAGAUUUUCCAGGAUGUCAACAACAUGUUUGAAGAGGAAUAAUUUCCUUUUGAACCCCUCCCCACUGAUGAGCCAAGGUGUGGAGCCCAGACCAGGAGGUUCCCUCAUUUUACAGAGGUUUGAGACCCUCAAUCAAAUGCACAGGCGAGGCCCCCUUCCAUUGAAGAUGAAAAAACAAAACAAAUAUCUAUGUGGCAAUGCCUACCGCAGAGGUGUUGUAUUAAAACUAGUGAUUAAAAGACCAAAGAAGCCUAACUCUGCUCAGAGAAAGUGUGUACGGUUAAAGCUAAGUAAUGGAAAGGAGGCUACAGCAUAUAUUCCAGGGGAGGGACAUAAUUUACAGGAACACAGUAUUGUUCUGGUGCGAGGGGGGAGACUUCAGGACGUCCCUGGUGUUAAUUUACAGUGCGUACGAGGAAAAUAUGACUUGGCACAUGUCAAAAAGAAAUGAGUUUAUAUUUCUUAUACAUAAUUAACUGAAUUUGUGCUUAAAAAUUUUUGGAUGAUAUUAAAACUUUUAAAUAUU